CCCGAAGGUCAGCGAAUAAUUGGUGGAAAAUUUGCUAACUGCUUUAGUACACACUACUCGAGCUGUUUUCCUCCAGCAUAUCCCUCAGUCCGUUCCCGUCAGCAGAUGCCGUGCCGGUCGCCAUGAUGAUGUCGGUUUUUGCCUGCAGCAGCAGCAGCGAGCAGUGAGAGAGACACACACACACACACACAGACACACGGUGACCGGGAGCAGCGGCGGCAGAGAGUCCUCCACGCACCGACAUGACCGAGGAGGACGCACAUUUCCAGCCCCUCGCCUCGACAAGUGCAUAACAGUCUCCGAAAGCAAGACUUGCUCCCUCCGCCAGCGUUUUGUAUCCAAGAAGAGAGGAAUUUAAAGGAAAAAACAGCUUGCUAAGGCUUUCGCAGUCCUGCCAGAGGAGGGGCAUAUGGGGCUUUGUAGCAAUGCAGAUCCCGUGCUGCUGAUGCGCUUUUGUUACUGCAUAAUGGAUAACCACAGAUAUCACCAUAUCUCAGGGGAUUGCUUUAAACUUCUUUGGUGACUUCUUUUGUGCAAAGUGUCCUUCAAAGGAGACGCUGCAGUCGGGAAUACAUAAGCCUAGGUUAUAUACGUCAAAUCCACCGGCCAGGGCAGGGUCGAUGGCUGUAAGUUCUCUGCACCUACGGACUGCGAAUUCAUGAUGUUGUGGAUUGAUAUAUGGAGGAAUCCUUGCGAGAGGGACCAUGAUUGACUCCUUAUAAUUUUGAGUCAUUAAGCUUUAUUUUGCAAAGAGCAAAUACUGAGCAUACUGUGAGGCAUCAGCACCAUUUGAAACCAUGUCUGUGGAGGUGCGUUUAAAGAAGCUGGAGAAACUGAUUAUGGAUGGCCCGUCUCAGUCCAGCGGCCAGUGCUUCAGCAUGGAGACCUUGUUGGAUAUCUUAGUUUGCCUGUACGACGAGUGCAGCAGUUCUCCCAUCAGAAGAGAGAAAAACGUCCUGGAGUUUCUAGACUGGGCCAAACCUUUCACAUCAAAGGUCAAACAGAUGCGCUUACACAAGGAGGAUUUUGAGAUCCUGAAGGUGAUUGGACGGGGAGCUUUUGGAGAGGUUGCAGUAGUAAAAGUGAAAAACACAGACAAAGUAUUUGCCAUGAAGAUUCUCAACAAAUGGGAAAUGCUCAAAAGGGCUGAGACGGCAUGUUUUCGGGAGGAGCGGGACGUGCUGGUGAACGGGGACUGUCAGUGGAUCACAACAUUACACUAUGCUUUCCAGGACGAGAACAACUUGUACCUGGUGAUGGACUACUAUGUAGGGGGAGAUCUGUUGACUCUGCUUAGUAAGUUUGAAGAUCGUUUGCCUGAAGACAUGGCCAAGUUCUAUCUGGCCGAGAUGGUCUUGGCUAUUGACUCUGUGCAUCAACUACAUUAUGUUCACAGAGAUAUCAAACCAGACAAUAUACUGAUGGACAUGAAUGGUCACAUCCGGCUGGCUGACUUUGGCUCCUGCCUCAAACUCAUGGAAGACGGGACAGUCCAGUCCUCUGUAGCAGUUGGGACCCCGGACUACAUCUCACCAGAGAUCCUGCAGGCUAUGGAGGACGGGAAGGGAAAGUACGGGCCCGAGUGUGACUGGUGGUCUUUGGGGGUCUGCAUGUAUGAGAUGCUGUAUGGAGAGACGCCUUUUUAUGCUGAAUCCCUGGUGGAGACAUAUGGAAAGAUCAUGAACCAUAAGGAGCGCUUCCAGUUCCCUCUUCAAGUGACGGAUGUGUCCGAGGAUGCUAAAGAUCUUGUUCGGCGGCUGAUCUGCAGUAGAGAACACCGGCUGGGCCAGAACGGUAUCGAAGACUUUAAGCAGCACCCCUUUUUCACAGGCAUCGACUGGGACAACAUCCGCACAUGUGAAGCCCCCUACAUCCCUGAAGUCAGCAGUCCCACUGACACCUCCAACUUUGACGUGGAUGACGAUUGCCUCAAAAACUGUGAAACUUUGCCUCCACCUUCACACACAACAUUUUCUGGACACCACCUCCCAUUCGUAGGCUUCACCUACACAAGUAAAUGCACACUGUCAGAUCGAGGGUGUUUGCGGGAAUCGGUCGGACCUGCACAGGUGGAUGCUCAUGUUCAGCGUAGCCUGGAGGAGAGUCUGGCCUCUGAAGCCUAUGAGAGGAGGAUCCGACGGUUAGAGCAGGAGAAAACCGAACUUACCCGUAAACUACAGGAGUCUACACAAACAGUGCAAGCACUGCAAUACCCUGAUUCAGACGCCCCGGUUAAUGCUAAUAAAGAAGUGGAGAUCCGAAGUUUAAAGAGUGAGAUCGACAUCCUGAAAAAACAGAUAGCAGACUCUGGUCAGAUUGAGCAGCAGUUGGAGGACGCCAGCACAGCCCGAAGAGACCUGGAAGACUCUUCUAAGGUCGUCAGGAGCUUAGAGAAACAGUUGAAGAGUGUCACACAAGAGAAAGAUGAUCUGCAUAAGGAGCUUGUGGGUUUGACAGAGAAGGUGAAGGCUCAGGGGAAGGAGCUAAAGGAUGCUCACAGUCAAAAGAAGAUGGCCAUAAAGGAGUUCACUGAGCUGAACGAACAGCUGAGCGAUGUUCGCUCACAAAAGCAGCGCCUCAGCCGACAGUUCAAAGACAAGGAAGAGGAGAUGGAAGGAGUGUCACAAAAACUGGAGGCUCUACGGCUGGAGAUACGCAAGGCUGAGAGAAUGCGCAAAGAGUUGGAGGCCCAGGCUGAGGAACAUGCAGCAGAAGCUCAGAAGGAGAGGAAGGUUCGAGAAAGAACAGAACAGUACAGCAAACAACUAGAGGAGGAGCUCGAGGGCAUGAAGCAUUUGAAGCAGGCUGGGCCUCCUCACGCAGCUGCGAGCUCAGACCAGCAGCAGGAGCUGAUGCGUGUUCGGGCCGAGCUGGAGAAGAAGAGCGUGCAGUAUGAGGAGGAGAUGUGUCGCAGAGAGAUGCUUCACAGCAGUGAGAUGAAGAACCUCCAGAAAGAGCUACGAGACGCCGAGGGUCAACACCUCACCCAUCAGAAAGACAUACACGUGCUUAAAGACAAACUGGAGAAAACCCGCAGAGAAAGUCAAAUCGAGCGAGAAGAGUUUGAGAGAGAGUACAAGCAGAAGUAUGAGAGGGAAAAAGCCCAUCUGACAGACGAAAACAAGAAGCUGAGUGCCGAAGUGGAGAAGUUGAACGGUCAGUUUGAGCAGCUGAGCAGCAGUCACCGGCAGCUGGAGGAGGAGAUGAGAGAACUGGCUGAUAAGAAGGAGAGUGUUGCCCACUGGGAGGCCCAGAUCACCGAGAUCAUUCAGUGGGUGAGUGAUGAGAAGGAUGCCCGUGGUUACCUUCAAGCUCUGGCCACUAAAAUGACAGAGGAGCUGGAAGGGCUUAGAAACACCAGUUUGGGAGCCAGAGGAACGGACAUGCCGUGGAAGAUGAGGCGCUUCGCUAAGCUGGACAUGUCUGCGCGUCUGGAGCUGCAGUCGGCGCUGGAUACUGAGAUCAGAGCCAAACAGUCCAUCCAGGACGAGCUUAACAAAGUCAAAGCAACCAACAUCGCCACAGAAUGCAAAUUGCAAGAAUCCGAAAGUAGAAACCAGGAGCUGCUGGGAGAAAUCGAGAGACUGAGGAAGGAGACAGAGGAGCUGAGGCUGAGGAGAGGCGUGAAGCACCAGGAUUCCCAGAAUUCCUUCUUGGCUUUCCUCAAUGCGCCCACUUCUGCACUGGAUCAAUUUGAUCGCUCACCCUCUUUUGGUCCCGGAAGCAAAACCAGACGUCUUGACUCUGCAGAUUUCACCCCUUCCAACACUCCAUCCAGAGAUGAAGACGCAAGAUCUCGCCGUAUUUCACGCUCACGCUCGCCGUCCACCGCCAGUGACAUGGAGCCUAUCGAGUUGAUUGACCACACGUCACGUAGUCUUCAGACGCCAACAGGCAGAUCAGGCUACGGGAGCUUGGGACACUCAUCACCUAAGCCCAAGGCACACCAGUUUAGUGUGAAGUCCUUCAAUGUUCCCACUAAAUGUAACCAGUGCACCUCACUCAUGGUGGGACUCAUCCGUCAGGGCUGCACAUGCGAAGCCUGCAGCUUCUCCUGUCACGUCACCUGUGCUGAUAAAGCCCCUUCUGUGUGCCCUGUUGCACCAGACCAAACCAGGGGCAAACUAGGCAUCGACACUCAGAGAGGCAUCGGGACUGCAUAUGAGGGGCAUCUAAGGGUGCCGAAGCCCACUGGGGUGAAGAAGGGUUGGCAGAGGGUCUGGGCAGUGGUUUGUGACUUCAAACUCUUCCUGUAUGAGCUUGGAGAAGGGAAAGGUGCUCAGCCUGGUGUUGUUGUGAACCAGGUCAUUGACAUGAGGGAUGAAGAGUUUUCCGCCAGCUCAGUUCUGGAGUCUGAUGUCAUCCAUGCUAAUAAGAAGGAUAUACCCUGCAUUUUUAGGGUUACAGCAUCUCAGCUGUCCGCCUCCUCCAGUCAGAAGACGUGUAUUCUGAUCCUGGCUGACAACGAGCAAGAGAGGACGAAGUGGGUGUGCGCUCUGAACGAACUGCAUCGCAUCCUGAGGAAAAACAAGCUGAAGGAGCGUUUCGUCUAUCUGCCUAAAGAAGCCUACGACAGCACACUUCCUCUCAUCAAAACCACCCAAACUGCUGCUAUUAUAGAUCAUGAACGCGUUGCUUUGGGGAAUGAGGAGGGCCUGUUUGUCAUCCAUGUCACCAAAGAUGAAAUCAUUCGUGUGGGUGAUGUCAAGAAGGUGCAUCAUGUAGAAUUGAUGCCCACGGAGCACAUACUGGCCGUCAUCUCGGGCAGGAACCGACAAGUGUGUCUGGUGUCCAUGGCGGGGCUCGACGGGAGGGAAAUUGACAAGAACAAGGUGGCAGAUACUAAAAACUGCCAGUUGCUGGUGUCCGGUGUGGUUCGCAAUGUCACCUGCUUCUGCCUCGCCAUUAAACGCCAGAUCUCAUGCUUCGAAAUUAACAAGAGCAAGUCUCGACACUCCCAUCUCGUGGACAUACAAGCUCCAGGAACUGUCCAAUGGAUGGCGCUGUUCAACCAGCAGUUGUGUAUAGGCUACCCAUCAGGCUUCAUGCGCUACAGUUUGUAUGGAGAAACACCUCCGGCCAGCUUACUCCAUCCAGAUGACCCCACACUGGGAUUUAUUAAGACAGACAACCUGGAUGCCCUUUGUGCUGUGGAAAUCUCCAAUAAGGAACUGCUGCUCUGCUUCAGCAAAAUAGCAGUGUAUGUGGACACACAUGGCAGACGCUCACGCCAGCAGGAGCUGAUGUGGCCCGCGACGCCCACCGCCUGCUGCUAUAACGCCCCCUACCUGUCGGUCUACAGUGAAAACGCAGUGGAUGUGUUUGAUGUGAACUCUACGGAAUGGAUUCAGACCAUUCCUCUCAAAAAGGUCCGGCCAUUAAACAUGGAUGGCUCUUUAAAUCUCCUGGGCCUAGAAACGGUCAGACUCAUAUACUUCAGAAACAAGACCGCAGAGGGGGAUGAACUGGUGGUGCCUGAGGUGUGUGAUAACAGCAGAAAACAGAUGGUGCGAAGCAUGAGCAACAAGAGACGAUUCUCAUUUCGUAUUCCUGAGGAGGAGAGACUGCAGCAGAGGAGAGAAAUGUUGAAAGAUCCUGAGAGGAGGAACAAGUUGAUCUCAAAUCCUACAAAUUUUAACCAUGUGGCUCAUAUGGGGCCUGGAGAUGGCAUGCAGAUACUCAGAGACCUGCCAAUGAAUGUACGUGCUCAGGACAACCGUGCUGGAUUCAGCGGCUCCGUCAGCAUCCCCUCCAUUACAAAAAACAGAGCAGAACCAGGCCGAUCCAUGAGCGCAAGCAGUGGCCUGGGAAUGCGUUCGUCCUCUCAGAACGGCAGUGCUCUAAGGAGGGAGCUGUCCAGCGGCAGCUACAGCUCUAAACGGCAGACCAUGACUUCACCCUCGGAGAGCUCACUGUCAUCAGGAGGAGGAAUGGAUGUGGGGGAAGCGCCACUCUCUCAGUUUGACAGAGAGUGGCAGGCAGUAUCGCCCUCGGAGAAGACCCCUGAUCUGAAAAGGGCUUUAAGGACCCUGCUUAGUAAGAUGAAGGACUCUGAUUCGCCGCGGCACUCCACUGCCUCCAACAGCUCCACCUUCAGCAGCCCGCCGAGCCCCGCCUCCCCGCACAAGACAAAGUCCCUCUCAUUGGAGAGCACAGACCGCACCGCCUGGGACACAUGAUGGACUCAACGGUGAGCCAAUCACAACAAACUCUUGAGUCUGCCUUUCACAGUGCUCCGCCCCCCUUCCAUACAGCUGCACUGCAGGCCCCUCCCACUUAAUUUGCAUAAAGGCUCACCACUGGAGAACAUCCCAAGGAGAAACCAUCCCAACGUUGAAUGGGUUUGCUAAAGUUUUACCACUUCAGAUUUGGAAGAAAAGCUGGCGGAUUUUAUCGUGACUGGUGUUUGUAUAUAGACUGGGUUAAGGGUGAACUUUUAUUUAUUUAUCAUUCAGCCAUUUCAAGGUGGAAAAAUACCCUCACGUUCCUCACUCUGCUCUGGACCGUACUGGAUUGACGAUUCCAUUAUAGGAUCCCACUAAUUAACCUGGAAAAACAAACGCAAUGAUGUAUAUUUUUUAUUUGCUUUUAAAAGUGAUGUGUGCCGUGAUUCCUUUGUUACUUCAGCUAAACGGAUGAGAGCUCCAUCUGUUGCUUUCUGUCCUAGAUUUGUAGGAAUUUAUAGAGGCUUUCAGACAUCUUGGAAUCUCUUUCGUCACUUGCCGCCAGUCUCCAUAUAAUCCAAACCUUCCGUCAACCAACAUGACCUGUGAAAACGCACAUCACAGUAAUGUAUAUAGGUCAAAAGUAUAGUAUAAUAUAUAAUAAGGAAAUACUGAAGAGAUAAACUAUGUGGGAAAAAACGAAAUCUCAUCGCUUUUAUUUUGAAGAAAUUAUUUUAAUAUACUCACGCCAAGACCAUUUAAAAAGCUUUAGUUGUGUUAGACUUUUAUUUUGGUUUAUGAGACAAUACUGCCUUGUGUAUUUUGUGUUUAUUUUAUUUUAAUAACAGAAAUUGUACGAUUUUUGUGAGACGCAGGCCAAGCUGUCGUACUACAAGUGUGCUUUAACUAUGAAAUCUACAUUAUGCCUCACAUGCGUUGACCGAAACUGUACAAUCAUCUGCACACAGUUGCAUACAAAUAUCACAUUUCUGCAAUCUGGAACAAUUUGCUCCCAAUUGUGGAACUCGUCCAACAUGUACUCUGAGUAAUUUGAGAUUUGCAGACAGACAAAAGACAUUUGCUUUUGUUCCUGGAUGGUUUCAUCUAAUGUUGCGGUAAGAGAAGCUGCAAGCGCACAGUUCACCCACAUAAUUUGGCUCUUUCUGCUCUUGAGAAAAACAUAGAGGAGUAUUUUCAGUCAUUUUAUCCCAUUAAGUGUUAAAACAUUCACCACUGGUAUUAAAUGUAAGGUUAAAACAUUAAACUAUAUUACAUGAAUCUGCUUUCACAACGCCAGUAUGUAUUUUUCAUGAUGUAGUCGUUCAAUUGAUUUGUGGUGCUUCAUUUAUUCCGUUCAAGGAAAAUGUUUUAAAACCUUUCAGAAAUCACACGUCUAAUAAGUGACACAGGGGGAACUUUGUUUCUGUAAUUAGUUUGAUUUAAUCAAGAGUUGCAAAAGAAAGCAAGUCUCUUCAUGUACGGAUCUGUUUGUUCCUCACUGCUUUAUUUGAUUUAUUUUUAUGCCAAAUUCCCAUCUAUUUAUAUCACAAAAGGGCUUUGCACACUUGAUAUACUUGAUGGAUCAUUUUAAGCCCCUGGUAAACACAAUCCUGGGUUAUGUCACUUUGUUUCACAAUGUUCAGAAUUUCAAAAAUUCAACAAAACAAACCAAAAAAGUUUUCAAAAUUUGUUACUACAAAUGGUAAUUGGUAAACGUGUGGUCAUCAGUCCAUCAAAAACAUGAUUACUACACGUCUGCUAUUGACCUUAUUCUUCAAUGCGGAAGUGCGCUCGUUUUUGCGAUUGUUUUAGAACUUCCGAUUCAGUUGCCUAUGGGAGAAAUGACUAGUAAUAAUAAACGGUUUGCUCUACAAACAAGUGUUUGCAUGACUAUGCAGACAAAGUAGAAUAAUAUAACAAGAAGAUAUCAGUUUGCAACAACUUAAAAACGAGCUGUUUUUAACGUCUAAAUGUGAAUGGAAGUGAAUAAGACUGGAAGUCUCGAACCAAAAAGAUUCAAAUGGCUGCGCCCGCUCGUACACGGAUAAUUAGGUGAAUAUAAAAUUAUGGUUCAUUUUGGUAGGUGUUUAACUUAGGUUAACAAUUAAUCCUGGGUUUUAUUUCAUAAUACAUGUUUUUAAACCAGAAGUUUGACCUUGCUUGCAUCUUCGCUGUGAUUGGACGAGCGUGGCUCACAGUGAUGCCAGAUUGGGGGGUUUUGAAUUUGAUUGCGCAAUAAAAAAUGCAUUGGUGGGUUGACAAAAUUUGGGUGGUUUUGAAACAAAUUUUAUAUGCAACAUAUUUAACAAAACAUAACUGUGCUCGGAGGCAAGGCAGUGGUGCAGUAGGUAGUGCUGUCGCCUCACAGCAAGAAGGUCGCUGGUUCGAGCCUCGGCUGGGUCAGUUGGCAUUUCUGUGUGGAGUUUGCAUGUUCUCCCUGCCUUUGUGUGGGUUUCCUCCAGGUGCUCUGGUUUCCCCCACAGUCCAAAGACAAGUGGUACAGGUGAAUUGGGUAAGCUAAACUGUCUGUAGUGUACGAGUGUUGUAGAGUGUGUUUGGAUGUUUCCCAGAGAUGGGUUGUGGCUGGAAGGGCAUCCGCUGCGUAAAACAUGUGCUGGAUGAGUUGGCGGUUCAUUCCGCUUUGGCGACCCCGGAUUAGUAAAAGGACUAAGCUGAAAAGAAAACGAAUGAAUGAGUGUGCACAUUCAGUAAGUAGUGACCAUUGCAUAAUGCAAACCAUGUGGGCCCAUCCGCAAGAGGAGGGGAAGGAAAGCUGUAUUAAAAUAUGACUUCCUGGACAAAUUUGAGUCCUCUUUGCCUGCAUGCUCAUCAUGCAGCAACUGCAGUUAAACUCAGCAGUUUAUCAUGGCACUUUUAUCAAUCUGUUUUUCCGCAAUGGGCUAUAUGCACACAUACUUCUAAUUUCAGCCAGCCAGCCUCAGCGCUUUCGGUGAACUGUAUUUCCAUUAUUAAAUUGCCACCUUUAAGGUCUGAUUUUUAAAACAAUUACUGCUCUUCACUGCAUUUUCCCCUGCCAUGUCUUUAAAAUAUGACAGUUUAUAUUACCCCAGUAUUUUCAAUGGAGUUUCUGCGCUAGCCUGCUGAUCCUGAUGGCACUAGAGGUUACAGUCUUUCUUCUCGUUUUACGCUUGAACAACUAAAUGAAUGCUGAAGUCUGUCUAACUGAUUGUAUUAUAAUUACAUUACAACGUCAUUACUGUAAAAGGAAUAUUCUGAAAUCAAAAAUAGUCACAUUAACCUUUCACCAGAAGUGUAUCCUUGGCUGAAAAAACACUAGCCGUGCAUAUACCCCAUUGACAGCAAGAACAAACAUAGAAGCAUUGUCUGAUUGACGAGAAGCACAUAAUUAUGUUCAGAAAAAUUUAAAACACCAGUAAAACAUACUCUUAUAGGAAGUGUAAUCUACACAACAUUAUGGGGUGAGAGGGGGCAGUGUUUCGAUGUGACCUGGUGUUCUGUCGAUUUUUCCUACCUUUCAGGUGAUUGUCCUACCUCUCAUUCAAAAAGUAGCACAUUUUGAUGAUGCAAUAUGCUACCCAUCAGAUUUACCAGUGUGAAUUGUAAUGUGGAUUAGUGUGGUAUGAAGCUGUAAUAUCGCCCUAACCUACCUAAUCCCUAACUCCAACCUCAAUCAUUCAAAUACAGUGUAGCCUAAUCUGAUGCGUAGGAUGACACGUCAGGACACGUGUUAUGUUGUGUUUCUGUGACUGCUGUUGUUGGUUGCUGUAUGGUUAAAAUGAAUUGAAAUUAAAUAAAAUAUGAAUCUAAUAUUUGGGCGGAUUUUGGACAACUUUUGGGUUGGAAAAAGUCAGCUAUAUCUGGCAACACUGGCGGCGCUCCAUUUGUUUACGCUUCAUCCUCACAUUAUUUAUGACGAGUCUGUAAUGUAACUAUCAAGUUUCACCUGAAAGCACUUCUCGCCUUAUUGAGGUAAGAAUAAAACGACUUUUUUUUUUUACUCAAAUCGUAACUUUGUCUGUCACCAUUUAACAGUUUAAGUUGGUCAAAUGCUGAAAUAACCGUUUUUGUUGCUGUCAAAACUCAUUCCGAGGUAACUUAACGUUAUGAAACCGUCACUUGCUAAACAGCCAGCCGUUACAUUUGAACAGUUUCGUUUCACCCUGCACAUUUAGGGCUCACAUUGCAGGGUUAACAGUGCAAAACGUAAUUAUAGACCUCUUUCUAAAUUACAGGUGUGAAAUGUUAGUUUAUCCGCUGUAAACAUUGCGAGAUAAUCGCUGAAUUAGUCUUUUUUGCUCCAAAAGCUAAACAGAUUAGCUCAAUGUGCUAUCAUUCUAUAUAAGCUAACAUUACAGUAAAGCAGUACAUUUCGACAUAAACCUGAAAUUAAAUGUGCCUGCAGUCUCUUACAUGUUCAAUAUGUUCUCAUUCCCAGUUCAUUUAAUCAGGAUAUUUGCGUUGAAAUAAUUUGUACUGUUUUGCAUGUCAAAUGUUCCUCCCCAUAUGGUUGUAUUGUUUCUCACUCACUUGAAAACUGUAUCACUUCAAGCAAAGGGGAUUGGUUUUGCACAGCUGUAUUUUGAGGUGGAAGUUCAAUCAGACUGGAUAAACUGGCCACUAUGCAGUUCUGGAGACGUUAUAUUAAGCUGACGCUGAUGUAAUUGAAUAAACGGAGGGAAAUGACACACAUUAA